CUUUUCAUAACAGAUCAUCAAAAUGGAUCUCGAAAGAGCAAUAAGUAUGCUUCAGGCGCUGCCCCAUACGUCCAAGACCAUUGUCGAUGAUACACUUUACGAGAAAGUGUACUCAUUUAUCACCUCGGUUCUUGAAUCACUGGACGACAACGCUCAAGCGAUUGUUGAUCUGUUUCAGCAGUCUCGCUUUUUAGAAUGCGUCAAGCAAGCUUGCCUCAUUGAUCCUGAACCUGAUUAUCGCAUUAUCACUCUUUGUAUUCGACUUUUGGGGCAAUUUGUUCACCAUGGCCGCGAUCCUAUUUUCACACUCAUUGAUAUCGAUGAUAAUAAUACCCACCUGUUGAAAAUUGUGAUCGAUGGUCUUACAUCCUCUGAACCUAUACUUCGUUUUUCUUGCCUUGAGGCAUGUCGGCACUUUUUAUGGUGUGAAAAAAGUCAACUAUGGCUUAUGCGAAACCAGAAAGUGACAACGUUGAUAGCUUAUGCGAUAUUAGAUCAGAGUACCUAUGUUGUAGCAGAGGCCUGUCAUUUAUUUUCAGAUUUGUUGCAGUUAGACAAGAGAGAAACGAUGUUGCAGUUGGUUGAUCCUUCUGAUUUGAUUCGAUCUAUUCUAUAUCAACAAGAUAAUGGCAAUGCAACAGUAGCAGCACGAGGGGAGAAUGAGCAACAAGUGAUUUCAGCGUUAGAUUUUUGCUGGAGCAUAGUCAAUCUAAAGAGCCAUGCUGGCCUAGAGUAUUUGCGUUCAAGACAUUUAUUGAAAAAUAUUUUACAAUUGAUACCUAUGCAUCAGAAUAAGAUCAUCCGCGCAAGAAUCAAUGAAAUCCUUCUCAAUCUGUUUACGUACGAUGACAAUCCAUUGGAAACUAUAUUCGAUGUGGCUAAUAGCACUCUCACUGAUGCAUACAAUGUGGUUUUAGAGCUAGUAACAAAGCUGAUGCCAAUCGCAGACGUUGAAUUGCUAAUUACAGCUGUAUCCUUACUUAAUUCAACUGCUAUUUUGCUUGGAAGGAUUUCGUCAGAGAAAGCAAACAGUAGCAAAAUGAGCGACAUACUGCACGAUCGGUUAUACACACUUUUACAUACGUUGUAUUCAAUUGUUACAGCAAAAGAACAACAGACACUAUUGUCUAUUGAAUUUCAAAAUGUCAAAACCAUACUCGAAGGAAGCACGACGAGAUCAAAAAAUAGAGUUCUGCAACAAAUUUUACGCGUUAUGAACACGCUUGUAACUGUAUCUUCUGCAUCAUUGAAGGAGCUCACGUUCACAGAUUUUUUCAGCAUUUUAUCGGCCACGUCUACGUAUUCCGAUUCAAGCUUACUCAAAGAGAUAUUCAAAUUACUCACCGCUGCGAUGUGCCGAACAUAUGAUAAAACAGAGGAGAAUUUAUCGUCACAACAAAGACAGAUUUACGAGAAGUCCAUUCAACCUCUGAUCACAACCAUAAGCAGGAUCGAUCUUGGAUGUAAAAGCUUCAUUAUCGUGUUAAAUCUAUUCAGUGAUUUAUUAGAACACAAAGAAUUCGAACCACUUGUUAUAGAUGCUGAAAAAGCCUUUAUGGAUAUAUUGAAGCUCAAAUUCAUUGACACCGAAUGGGAUAUUCGCGAUGCUGCCGUUCAAUUUGUUGGUCAGUUGUUUGAUAAAAACGAGGAAGAAGACGCUUCCUGCAGCGGAACAACUACCACCAAAGGUCAAUUUGCUUUAAAGUAUGACUUUCCGUUUGAUGUCGUUCAAAGAAUUCAUGAUUCAGAACCUUACGUCAGGGCAUCGGCUUUGGAUGCACUGCAGAAAAUGAUAAGGUCAAGAGAAGGCUGGGAGUACAUCCAACAACAUAAAGUGAGUAGAGACAUAGCUUCAGCGUUACCCAGCUUCCUUUACGAUACGGAAGCGUUUGUUCGACGUGCAGCACUGGAUGCUAUAAAUAGUUUGGUACAAAAUCGAUCGUGCCAAGGAAUGAUAGUGGGCAAAAUAGAAGGCUCUCAUGCACAAAGUGCACUUAGUCCCUUUAUUUUGCGUAAGGUCCUUAAUGAUGAGGACACGGAUGUUCGUAGUAAACUUUGUCGUUUGAUUGGUAAUUUAUGGAAGCUGUACUACCAUGAAAAGCAUGAAUCACGAAAGAAGACGCAGGAACAUGAAGAAAUGACUGAAUUUUUUCCUAAAAUCAAUCCAGGGAAAAUGCUGACAGAAGCGGUAAAGUUCCUUUCUUUGACGCAAAAAAAGUUAAGGUUUCUGUUGUAAUCUUAAAUAACCUCUAUAUUUUUCCUGUUAGGCAAAAGACACAAACAGGGUGGUUAGAAUAGAAGCAGUGAGGGUAAUUGAAGAAAUCCUAUCAGAAUAUGAAGGCGUUGCAAGCAUUAAUAAGAACAAACGCCAAUAUACCGAAAUUGAAAGAGAUGAAUUCGAAGAUAUGUUCAUAGAAGAAUUGAAAGAAAAUGCGAAUUUGGCUCAACAAAAGCAGACGCUGGAUCCGGAACAUCUUUACCAAGAAGCCUUUGAAAUCGAUGCCGACGCGAUGAUACACUCAAGUAUACCAACCAAUGCCGAGGAUGAUGUAAACAUGUUAGACUGUGAAUAAAGAAAUAAUUUCUGCCAUGUGGCAAUGCAAUGAUGUUCGUAACUGAUUAUGCGGCUUACAGGGCUUUUUUGGGUCCUUUUUUUUUUUUUUUUUUUUU